AUGCGACGACAAGCAUGUGGCCUAGCGUGCCGCAACAUCAUCUCCACCGCUGCUGACGGUGCCUCCUCCGUGUAUGCGGCGGAUCUGGACGGUGAUGGAAAUCUCGAUGUCCUCAGCGCGAGCUUCCUGGACGACAAGAUUGCGUGGUACCGAAACAACGGCGACGAGACCUUUUCCGCCGAGAUCGUCAUCUCCACCGUCGCUGAUUAUGCCACCUCGGUGUAUGCGGCAGAUUUGGACGGCGACAGUGAUCUCGAUGUCCUCAGCGCCAGCAUCAAUGACAACAAGAUUGCUUGGUACCGGAACAACGGCGACGGUACCUUGUCUGCCCAAAUCAUCAUCACCACCUCCGCCAACGGCGCCGCCUCCGUGUAUGCGGCAGAUCUGGACGGCGACGGUCAUUUGGAUGUGCUUAGCGCCAGCCGCAACGACGACAAGAUUGCGUGGUACCGGAACAACGGCGACGGCACCGGUUACGCCGAAAUCAUCAUCUCCACCGCUGCUGAUUAUGCCCUCUCGGUGUAUGCGGCAGAUCUAGACGGCGACGGUGACAACGACGUCCUCAGCGCCAGUGCUAAUGAUGACAAGAUUGCGUGGUACCGCAAUGAGGGCGACGGUAACUUCUCCGCCGAGAUUAUCAUCACCGCCGCCGCCGACGGCGUCUACUCGGUGUAUGCGGCCGAUCUGGACGGCGACAAUAAUCUCGACGUUCUCAGCGCCGGCUUCUAUGACGACAAGAUUGCGUGGUAUCGGAACAACGGCGACGGCACCUUUUCCGCCCAGAUCGUCAUCUCCACCUCCACCAACGGCGCCUACUCGGUGUAUGCGGCAGAUCUGGACGGAGACGAUCUAGACGGCGACGGUGAUCUCGACGUCCUCAGCGCCAGUGCUAAUGAUGACAAAAUUGCGUGGUACCGCAAUGAGGGCGACGGUAACUUUUCCACCCAGAUCAUCAUCUCCACCGCUGCUGACGGCCCGAUCUCGGUGUAUGCGGCCGAUCUAGACGGCGACGGUAAUCUCGACGUCCUCAGCGCCAGCCGCUUCGACAACAAAUUUGCGUGGUACCGGAACAACGGCGACGGCACCUUUUCCACCCAGAUCGUCAUCUCCACCGCCGCUGAUUAUGCCUACUCGGUGUAUGCGGCAGAUUUGGACGGUGACGGUGAUUUCGACGUCCUCAGCACCAGUGUCAAUGACGACAAGAUUGCUUGGUAUCGGAACAACGGCGACGGCGCCUUUUCCGCCCAAAUCAUCAUCUCCACCGCUGCUGACGGUGCCUGCUCAGUGUAUGCGGCCGACCUGGACAGCGACGGUGAUCUUGACGUCCUCAGCGCCAGCGUGACCGGUGGCAAGAUUGCGUGGUACCGGAACGAUGGCCAGUGGGACUGGAAAACUCGCUUCAAUAUGAACUGA